AUGAAAAUCUCAGAGAAGUUGGAUCAAGCUCAUAAAGCUGCACAUUCUCCACCUGCAACUUUUUCAUUUGAAUUCUUUGUCCCCAAGACAUCCCAAGGGGUUCAAAACUUGUAUGAUAGAAUGGAUAGAAUGUAUGAUUUGAAUCCUAUUUUCAUUGAUAUCACAUGGAAUGCGGGGGGUAGAUCAUCAACGUUGACUAAUGAAAUGGUUUACACUGCUCAAUCAACUUUGGGUUUGGAAACAUGUAUGCAUUUAACUUGUACGAAUAUGAAGGUUGAAUUGAUCGAUGAAGCUUUAGAUAAAGCUUAUAAAUCUGGUUGUCAAAAUAUUUUAGCCUUACGUGGUGAUCCUCCAUUGGAUGGUUCUGAAUCAACUGGGGAUUUCAAAUAUGCCAAGGAUUUGAUUGCAUAUAUUCAUAAAAAAUAUGAAAACCAUUUCAAUAUUGGUGUUGCUGGUUAUCCUGAAGGUCAUCCUGAAGAAACAGAUGAAUUGAAAACUUUAGAAUAUUUAAAAGAAAAAUGUGAUGCUGGGGCAAAUUUUAUCAUUACACAAAUGUUUUACGAUGCUGAUAAUUUUAUUUCUUGGUGUUCAAAAUUACGUAAAAUUGGUAUUGAUUUACCAAUUAUUCCAGGUAUCAUGCCUAUUUCUACUUAUUCUGCAUUUCUUAGAAGAGCCAAAUGGUCAGAAAUUGCCAUCCCACAACAUUUCUUGGAUGCUUUAGAUCCAAUCAAAGAUGAUGAUUAUUUGGUCAGAGAAAAAGGUACUGAAUUAGUUAGUGAAAUGUGUCAAAAAUUAUUGGAAUCUGGUUAUAUCAAUCAUUUGCAUUUCUAUACCAUGAAUUUGGAAAAAGCUACAGUUAUGAUUUUGGAAAAAUUGAAUCUUAUAGAAGCAGUUAAAUCCAAUGAAAUUGUUGGUGUUACUGAAUUGCCAUGGAGAAAAUCAUUAAAUCCUGAAAGAUCCAAAGAAUCAAUCCGUCCAAUUUUCUGGCAAAAUAGAAAAUAUUCUUAUGUUACAAGAACUGCCACCUGGGAUGAGUUUCCAAACGGUAGAUGGGGUGAUUCCAGAUCUCCUGCUUUUGGUGACAUUGAUUUGUGUGCUAGUGAAUUAUUGAGACAAUCUCCAAAGAGAGCACAAGAAUUAUGGGGAUUACCUCAAACUAUUAGUGAUAUUACUGGGCUUGUUAUUAGUUAUUUGAAAGGUCAAUUAAAUUCAUUGCCAUGGUUUGAUGGUGCCAUUGGUGAAGAUACUAAUAUUAUCUUGGAUCAUUUGAUAGAAUUGAAUGAAAAUUCACUCAUUACAUUGAACUCUCAACCAUCUUUGAAUUCGGUUAGAUCAUCGGAUAAAGUCUUUGGUUGGGGUCCAAAGAAUGGUUAUGUUUAUCAAAAACAAUAUUUGGAGUUCUUUUGUCAUAAAGAUGUCGUUGCCAGAUUAUUAGACCAUAUUGAUCAAUAUAAUAAAAAUCAAGGUGAUUCAACUUCUGCUGUCAUUUCAUACUAUGCUGUUAACAAAAAUGGUAACUUGAUUUCUAAUUGUCAAGAUGAUGACAUUAAUGCCGUAACUUGGGGUGUCUUCCCAGGUGAAGAAAUUUUACAACCUACAAUUGUUGAAAAAACAUCAUUUUUGGCUUGGAAGGAUGAAGUUUAUACUUUAUUCUCUGAGUGGCUGAAAAUUUCUGGUAUGUUUGAUGCUGAAAAGGAUAAGAUCCAGCACUUUAAUGAAUUGAUGAGUCAAAUUACUGAAAACUUUGUUUUGUGUAAUUUGGUUAAUAAUGAUUUCCUUCAAGGAAAUGAUGUUUUGUUUGAUUUGAUUAAACAAGUAGUACAUAGUUAA